AUGGCGGAUUUCCCACUACCCCAUAACGUGAUAGCCCACCUGCCACCAAGUGGCUUGAUCGGAAUCGCCUGGGGAGGAGCAAGCUUGGGGAUCGUUUUCACGUCGGCUCGCUUACUGGUACGCGUCAAGUAUAUGAAUCGUUUACUUGCUGAUGACUACUUCAUGCUUUUUGCACUGGUGCUUCUCGUCGCGAACGCUAUCCUGCAUACUCUGCAGACGCCGCAUCUCUACUACCUCGGGCUUCAUCCGACGGGUAGCGACAUUGAGUACCACGUGCUACGAUAUCUGUGUUAUGAGUUCGCCAUGAGUGGGAUAUUUUGGACAAUCUUGUGGAGCGUCAAGGGUUCCUUCCUAGCAUUGUUCUGGAUGGUCUCCGAGGGGCUGCCAGUUUAUCGCUGCGUGUGGUGGGCUGUCGUGGUGUUUUCUUGUCUGGGCUACAUCGGUUGUUGGGUUGUGCUAGUAUACACUUGCCAUCCGCCUUCGAGCUACUUCAAGUAUGGCGAGGGUCAAUGUGGAAAGCCGGUCGAUUUCAACGGGUUUACCAUUGCCAUAUCUUACAGCACAGCCGUGGAUAUACUCACGGAUCUGUUAGCUGUCGUCGUUGGAAGCCUUCCCCCGUUUCGGGCCGUCAUAUCCUCGCCAAAGAGCACGCUUCAGUCCCCAUACGGUUCCUCCGGCGUUCAACCCCAAUCUUACGAUCGUAAUAACUCUGCCCACGGGAAAAGUCCUUUAAUGCAGACAGGAUGGGGUCAUAGCCCCCCUCCAUCUCAUAGCUGCAGGAUAUAUCAUAAUCAAGGUGAUGGAAUGAGAUCGAACGAUAUACAUAUCCUAGAGGAUAAUGUUGCUUUGUCUUUGGAUAGAGUUUAUCCAACCCUGUCGAGGGAACUGCUCGCGAGAAAGAUCAAAGUGGAGCAGGACUUUAGCGUGGUAUCAUCCGUUUGA